GCUCCUCGUCUCGCCCACCGGAAACGAGCGAGCCCCAGGGAAAGGACAGCCGCCGCCGGAAUCUCCCUUACCCCCACCGCCGCCGCCCCCCGCCGGCCCACGGGAAUCCUCCCAUACCCAGCCUCCUCUUAAGAAGGCCUAUCCCUAUCUAUCUAUCUAUCUAUCUAUCUGGUUUCGAUUCAACCACAAAUCGAAUCCGACUGACCGACCGACACAUCGAUUCGAUCUCCACCCGCGAUGAGCUGCCACCGGGCUCAUCGGUCAUCAUCCAGCUAUAUCACAUCUCAUGUGAUGGAUGCGUUAAGGUGCUUCCAGAGGCAUGGGAUUAUAUUGUGGCCUUCGCGUUCGCGUUGAUUUCUCCACCACUAUGCGUGGGGAGGAACCAUGGGGGGCAAUGCGAUGUUGUUGCUGCAGCAGCGUUGUCUUCUUCUCCCAUUAUCUUCUGUUGCUGCCUUCUUGUCUGCCCACCAACCACCAUCAGUCCGUUUCACUUACUCUUUUGGAUAGCAUGGCUUAUAUCGGAACUACCUUUAUGCUAACAUUGUCUAGGUGGCAUUAGCUAGACUAACUUUAACUGUUUUCACCUAGUGGUGUUAAUCUGUAAAGAAAAUGAAUACCUGGUCUUAGUUGAGUCUUGUAUAAAAAAAUGGAACCAAAGAAUGCAAUGGCCCUGGAUGAGCAUGUGCUGGAACCUACUAUCCGCAAGAGGAAGCGUGUGGGUGCUACUCAAUGUACUGAGGCCAAUGAUGCCCUCAAUCUCUCUCGGGAUGGUCCAAAACAAAAUCUCGCUUUGUUUCAUGAUUCCACUGGACAUAAGAAGCCCAAGAUGAUGUCCCCUGCUACGGACAUUCUAGAGAGGUACAAGAACUUCAAGAUAAGUGGUAUGCCUGUUCGUGUGCUGUCUUACCAACAUGGUGGAUGGAGAGACUUCCCAGAGGAUGUUGUCAAUCUGGUACAGCAGAGCUUCCAGUUCAAGAGGCCAAUUACUAGUGCAGUAUUCCAGAACCGGCAUGUCCUGUUGAACUUUAUGGAGAUGAUUUGUUUAGAUUCUGUGAUGGCCAUAAGCACACCAAUUGCUUGGAUCGAUGAUCAUGGUAAAUCCUUCUCACCGGAUUCAUGUCCUGGAGUGAUACCAUCUGAACCUCUGCAGCAUGGAAAAAAUGAGUUUUUCAAAGGUUCUUGUGGUUUAAACAGUAGUUAUGAAGCUCAUGAGCAUGAUGAGAUGUCUGCAAGUCCAGCUGAAAGCUCGAGUUCAGCAUCUUUUGAUGUAGUGCCUUCUGAUGUUCAGGAGGUUAAUAAUGUAGUGGAGGACGAACAAAAGGUACACAAUGAAAGCGGUAGAAAUAUAAAGGGGCAUUCAAUCGAUUUGAAUGAAGCUGCUGAUGGGACCAUGCAAGCUGCUUUUACUAAUCAAAGUGGCCAGCGUGCUGAUUCAGCAGUUCGGAAUUUGUUGUUCCAAGGAUCAGGCCAUCUAUUUACUGAAAAAGACAUCAUUGGUAUUUAUAGAACCCCUUUGCUAGAUCAACAUGGGAGGUCCCGAUAUAGUCUCUUCCAAAAGGAGGUACAAGCCAUCAAAAACCAACGCGGAAAUGCAAACGAGCGUUAUGCAUGGCUUGCUUGCACUAAGGAUACUAUGGAGGAGAUGAUGAUGCAGGGUGCUCUGGAAAUUGCAAAACCUCUGCAGGGGCCAAUGUAUGGCGUUGGGGCUCAUCUUGCUCCAGCAAACUGCUCCAAUAUCUGUGUUGGCUAUUCGGAUAUCGACGGAAACGCAAUCAUAAGGAUGAUGUUGUGUCGUGUUAUUAUGGGGAAUGUUGAGGUGGUUUUCCCUGGAUCAAAUCAAUGUCAGCCAACCAGCAAAAGUUUUGACAGUGGUGUUGAUGAUCUUCAAAGUCCAAAGCAUUACAUCAUAUGGGAUGCUAACGUGCAUAAGCACAUAUAUGCUGAAUAUGCUGUUAUUGUCAAAGCACCUUCCAUGAACAAUGGCAAUUUGGCUACAGGAGAUACUGCAUCCAACAUAUCUGAGAUAAGAAAUUCCAGUGCACUAGACUAUCCGACCAAGGAUGAUAGUCUCCAGACCAUAGCAUCGUCAGCUGAUCAGCAACAAGCAUGUUUGCUUGGGCGUGCUCCAAGUCCAAGGUCUCCUAGUUCACCUUGGAUGCCCUUUUCAAUGCUUUUUGCUGCCAUUUCUGCUAAAGUACCCCAUUCCGACAUGGAUUUGGUGCAUAGAUAUUAUGAAGAAUUCAAGAGGAGAAAGAUAAGCAGGGCUGACCUAGUGAAGCAGCUGAGACAGAUUGUUGGUGACAAGCUAUUGGUUUCUACAGUAGUGAGACUUCAGCAGAAGUUGCCACCAAUGGCAGCAACUGAACAAGCACCGAGAGCACAUGGAAAGGGAGGAGGUACUAGUCCCUAAUUGCAUGUCUAUUUGCCGACAUAACAGGCUGGAGUUGGUUUGAGCAAAAGAGAGCUCAAGGAAGUGUGUUAAAUGGCUGUGCUUUAGCUGAUGACGAAAGCCAAAACUAGUCUAAACUCCUUCGUUCAUAACAAACCUGUUGUUUGGUUGUGUAAACCUUGCAUUGUAUUCUCGUCUACCGGCUGUAAUGGUGUUCGUUGUCGCCCUCAAAUGUAGCUGCGGCAUGAAUUCAUCAAUAUCUCCUGUGGAUAUUUCUUGCAGCUUGUGUGCAUGUUUGCCCUUUGAUUCU